AUGGUUUCGAUAAUUUUUAAUGGAGGAAUUGGUAACCAGUUAUUCGAAGUGUUUUCAUUACUUGGACUUGCUCAGAAACUGAAUCGAACUGCCAUAUUCAAUGCGGAUGAUUAUGUUCUUCAUUCCAAUUUAGGUCUGCUGAAUGAUCAAAUUCCCCUUGUGGCCAGUAGAGUAAUCUCUAUUCCUCUCGAGAGUUUUAAAUACUUUUCUUCUAUUGAUUCAUCAAUCAAAAAAUGGUUGAAACCGUCAGAAAGAGAAAUGAUUUCACUGAAGAAACUGAUCAGAAGGAAGGAUGAACUUCGUUUCAAAACAUGUGUUCAUGUCAGACGAGGAGAUUUUCUAUCAGAUGGUCAACAUGCUGGAACUGAUAAAACAUUCACCAUCAGAGCAAUUGAUCAUCUCUAUACUCUCCACUCGGGUCUUGUGCUCAUAUUCAGUAAUGAUCCAGAAUGGGUUCGAAAUGAAAUUGUAGAGCAUUUGGACUAUCAAAAUGAUGUGAAAAUAAUGGAAACGUCUAAAGACAAUGCAAUCAAAGAUCUCUAUUUUUCUCAAGUUCAUUGUGAUUCCGUGUUGAUUACAGCACCAUCGUCUACAUUCGGAUGGUGGAUUGGAUAUCUUUCGAAGAAUCAAUCAAGUGUUUACUAUCGAGAUAUUCAUGAAACAGAGGAUACGGUAAAAUAUCAAUUAGUCGAAGAAGAUUUCUUUCCCCCGACUUGGAAAAAGAUCGGAAUCUCAAGAAACGGGUUAAUAAUUUCAAAAUAA